AGCCAUUUGGCCCAGGCUGCCCGAGCAGGCGCACGAGACAGCUGUUCGGCCCCAGCCCACCCUGGGGCCCGCGGCCAUUCGGGCGGAAGGCGCCGCAGGGCGGGUGCCGCCGAACGGGGCCUCCCCCUCCCUCGGGAUCGGAUGCCGGGAGGCACCUGCAGCCUGGAGGGAGGCAGCCCGGAGCAGGCGGGUCGGCGGCAGCGUGUCCGCGUCGAGGGGGCGCGCCCAGCCUGCGCCCGCGGGCGUGCCCUCAUGCCGGGCCUCCUCCAGGUCCUGUUCUUCGAGGUCGUCUUCCGCCAGGCGCUGGUCGAGGUGGUCUUGGCCAAGAUGUUCCUCGUGGUUGCGAUUAUGGCGAGCGUCAAGGGCUUCCCCCCCGACGAGUGGAAGUGCGCGCUGGCCGUCCUGUGCCUGUCGCUGACGCGGGCUGUCAUCUUCCUGGCCGGGACAGGUCGGUGUUCCCCGGGCGGCGGCGCUUUGGCCAGCAGGCGGACGUGGCUCAUGUACAGCCAUGGGUCCUGCAUGUCGAUCCUGAUAUGCGGCGGCUAUGCGUAUCUCUUUCUGGAUCUCCUCGGGUAUGCCGCUGACCCGCCUGACCGGCCGCCCUUCGCUGCGAUGACGCUGGUCUGCCAGGUACCCACCCUCUUUCUCGGCUUCCUCUGGGUGUUCUCGUGCUUCGGGCCGGUGGAUGCCUCGAGGCGGGAUGCCCUCGCGAGGGCUAAAUCGCUGGAGCGGAUUCCCGUGUCGCUGUCGCAGAUAGAGACGUUCGCGUUCUGUCCCGAUUCGUCGGGCUCUUUCGAGUCCACAUGCAUUAUCUGCAUGGACGACUUUGCCGAGGGCUGCGAUAUAGGGAGACUUCCAUGUUCUCAUUUCUUUCACGAUGGCUGCAUCCGCGAGUGGCUGGGCAGUAAAGAUAGUUGCCCCAUGCGCUGCAGUGCUAACCGCGGCGCAUCGGCAUUCGGUCGGUCUAUGUAUCCUUGAGUAUCUAUGUAGCAUCUUCGGCUUUUCAGGUUCUGGUGCACGGCCUGGCGGGCGGUAUUUUGAAUAUCUCUUGCCCGACCACGCAUGGUCCCUAAGAUACGGGGCAGUGUCGCUGAAGUCUAAAUUCGGGGUCGGCUCUGUGAUGGAAUCCCGAUGUCUUUUUCCCCGCGGCUGGGACGUAUAGUUCAGUGCACGCACCUACCUUGAUCACCGAGACUUGGUAUGAUAUACCUUGAUAUGUGCCCGCCAGACGAACCCAUCGAGUUGCGAUGAGGUCAAAAGCAGGCCGGGAGUCAUGGAGUCCGAGACCCAGGGGUAGCUCUUAGUCUGACUUCCCCUGCGGACGUGGGCGCCCUGUGUCAUACAUGUUUCCCACGCGUCACGCGGAUCCACUAAUGACGCGAGUUAGUAGUUCGACCAGGAAUGGGCGGUGCGGCGUGGGUGUGACGCCCCGCCGGCGCCGUAGUCCGUGGGCUUCGGAGGACGGGGGGAAUGUGGUGUGUGGUGUUGGAGUACGGACGCAGGAAGGCAUGCUGCGGCUGCGUCACGAUGCAUCACGUCUAAGAACGAGAUGCUUCUCAUUUUGUAUCGAUUCAGUGACGUUGCGCUCCACUGAUUAGUGGGUGAGGGAGUGCGUGAGAGGGGGGUCCAUGGGCACGGCUCGGGACGGAUAGGCAAUGGGGGAUGCAUUGACCCUUGAUCGCCCAUUGACCAC